ACCCCUUUUCUUCACCUUCUACUGCUUCAGAAUCUUCUCCUCUUAAACAUGUCAAGUGUUAGCAACAAUGCCAUGGGCCCUGUCAAGCCCGCCGACGACGAAGCUCGCGAGAUUUUCCAUCAAGUCAAGGAAGAGAUUGUUGACAAGAUCCACGAGAUCCACCAUGCCGACCACGUCCACGGAUUGCAUGAAACCGACAGAUUGAAGCAUAUUUCUGCCUUCAAGGUUGUUCAAUAUGCCGUUGAAGAAGUUGCCUAUGGACUCAACUACUUUGCCAAGAUCGACUUGGGCGAUGACAAGUAUAUCCAUGCUCGCGCUCACAAGUCCAACCAAGGUCAGGUUGAUUUCUACUCUCUUUAUACCACUCCCGAGAACGCCAUCUGGACCCUCGAAGAACCUUUGGUGUACUUCAACGAUUAAACCCCACGGCAAAACAUAUAUAACAUAUGUAUAUUGAUAUAUAAUAAACAAGUUAACAGAAGAAGAAAGAGAGUAUCAUGGAUUUUAAUGGCACCAGGCCAUCCCAUCCAAGACGUUUCGGUAUGGUUUGGUUGGAGGAGGUUGAAAAAGUCAGAUCAGAGGGGAGGCUUUAUAUUUAUGAUGUAUUCUAGUUGUCUUGCUCAUCAAAGUCUUUGCCCCGAACAUCACGUUUGCAUAGAGGACAUAGUCUAUUGAGUCCCAACCAUUCAUGUACACAACCUUUAUGAAAAUGAUGGCCACACCUAGCAAAAGCACAAAGGUUAAACCAGCUCAAC